AUGUUUCGCUCUCACAGACUCAUACUUCUGGCUGCCUUUCCUAUCAUCCUGCUCUUCAUCCUACAGCAGGGAUAUGUACCUUUCUCAAUACAGAGCCGAGUUCUAGCAUGGCUCCCGAACGCUGUACUUGAUAAGCUCAUUACUCGACCAACCGUCCAACUUCGCCAAGGUACCGUCGUAGGAACGAGAUUGUCCGACUCUUUGCGACAACCAGUUGAUGCAUUCCGAGGAAUCCCUUAUGCUCUACCUCCCACUGGAGACAGGAGAUUCCGCAGAGCCGUAGCAGUGGGCUCUUCGAACGAUACCAUUGACGCGAGUCGGUUCGGGCCACGAUGCCCUGGUAAACAACUAUUGAAAGUUCCUGGUGAAGCCACCCCUUUGGAGGAUUGCCUGACGGUGAACAUGUUUCGUCCUCAUGGCGCAAAAGGCAAACUACCAGUUGCAGUGUACGUGCAUGGCGGAGCAUAUAACCGUGGCACAGCUUCAAUGCAUAACACUGCAUCCAUGGUGGGAUGGUCCAAGAAACCAUUUGUUGCAGUAAGCUUCAACUAUCGCAUCGGCGCGCUAGGAUUCCUUCCUUCGACCGUGUCAGCAAAGGAGGGAAUUCUCAAUCUCGGGCUGCAUGACCAAAUCCUUGCUUUUAAAUGGGUCCAGGAGAAUAUCAAAGCGUUUGGAGGUGACCCCUCGCAAGUGACGCUCAUCGGCCUGUCCGCAGGAGCACACUCGAUCGCACACCAUAUUAUGAACUACGACCUCGGCACCUCUCUCUUCCACCGAGCCGUUCUCGAGUCUGGCGCAGCCACCUCCCGCACCGUGCACCCGUACAACGCCCAAAUACACGAAACCCAGUUCCAAGAGUUCAUUACAGAAGCCGGCUGCACCGAUAGACCACAAUCAGAGAUAAUAAACUGCUUGCGGCGCCAACCAUCCUCAGCCAUUAUCAACGCCUCUUUCACCGUCUUCGACCGAUAUAACCCCUCCAUCCGCUGGGCUUUCCAACCCGUCAUCGAUGGCGAGCUGGUCAAGACCCGCCCAAUCGACGCCUGGCACUCGGGGAAAUGGAACAAAAUGCCUAUCCUGACUGGCUUCAACACAAACGAAGGAACAUACUACGUCCCGUCCGCGAUGUCGCAGUCCUCCGAAUUCACAAGCUUCUUCCGCACCUUGCUCCCCGCCUACUCGGACAAAGAUAUCAGGACCAUCGACGAGCUCUACCCAGACCCCGCGGUGGACCCGUCCUCCCCAUAUCGCGAAACUAGAAGCAUACCUGUCGGACCGCAGUAUAAGCGCGUUGAAGCCGCGUACGGUCAUUACGCGUAUGCCUGUCCGGUGAGGCAGACCGCGACUCUCGCCUCGGCGGGACAGGAGGAGCCCGUGUUUCUGUAUCGGUGGGCGCUGACUAAGACGGUUCAGGGGGGCGCGAACCACGGUGAUCAGAUGGAGUAUGAGACGUUUAAUCCGGAGGUGCGAGGUAUCUCGAGCAGUCAGGACGAGAUCGCGGGGACGUUUCAUGCGUACAUCACUUCGUUUAUUGUGGCUGGGGAUCCGAAUGCGGUGGGGGGAAAGUAUGAAAAUCGCACAGUGUGGAAGCCUUACAAUGCCUCAGUGACAUCUGGACGCAAGAUUAUGGUCUUUGGAGAAGGGAAUGAUGAACGUGCUGGGGGUAGUGGUACGGGUGUUGCGGCGCAGUUCGUGGAGGACAGAUGGAGUCGAAGAGAGUGUGACUUUUGGUGGACCAAGGCCGGUAUAUCGGACUUGAAAUAA